AUGGAGGAGAUACUAACAAAGGAAGAAGAAUAUAUAGAAGGAAGCAACAAAGUCAAGACUUUAUUUCCUAAGUUGGAGGAAUUGAAACUUCUUUAUCUUCCUAAGCUGGAAUGUGUUUGUUCAGGAAAUUAUGACUAUGAUAUCAUGGUCUCGUCAAUGGAAGAGGACAGGGAAAUCAAUAAAAGUAAUAAUAAUAACAUUCAGAUUUCAUUUCCAGAAUUAAAGGUGUUAGAGCUUCGUGGAGUACCGAAGCUCAAAUGUUUUUGUUCGGGAGCGUAUGACUAUGAUAUCAUGGUCUCGUCAAUGGAAGAGUGUCUAAAUAUGGGAACCUUUCCCCAUGGAAAUGUUAUUCAUGCAUAUGUAUGUUGUGUGCAGGUAGAAUUGCAAAAAUUAAAGACAUUUAAAGAUAUUGACAAAGUACUACUUGAAUACAUCAAAGGAGUAACAGUGCUUGAGAUUGUGAAUUGUCACAAGCUACAGAAGUGCAUCCCAUCCAACAUGAUGCACUUAUUCUUACAUUUGAAGGAUCUCACAGUGGGUGAAUGUGACUUCUUAGAUGAGAUAUUCGAAUCAAAUGAUUGCAUGUUGAUGUUGCAGUGUGAACUAUGGUCCUUAAAUUUGUUUUCUCUUCCAAAACUGAAGCACAUUUGGAAAAACCGUGGUCAAAUUUUGGGAUUCAAGUGUUUAAAAUUUAUAAUUGUCAAGCAGUGCAAUGAUUUGGAAUAUGUUUUUCCGGAUGUUACCAUGGUCACAAGCCUUCCACAUUUGCUUCAUAUUGAUGUGCGUCAAUGCGAGAAGAUGAAAGAGAUCAUUGGGAAUAAUUGUGUACAACAGAAGGCUAAUAAGAUCAUAUUCCCAUCAUUGCGUUUUAUUGAACUAAAAAAUCUUCCCAACCUCAAAUGUUUCGGUCAAAGUUCUCUCCCUUCCUAUGUUGAGUUGCCAGAGUUUCACAAUAUACGGAUUGAAGACUGUCAAGAGUUGAAAACUUUUUGGGACGAUGGAAUUGUAUACACACGAAAUUUUAUAAUUUCUAUGGACGGUUCUUAUUUUGACGAUGAAUCGGAUCUGAAUGAGUUCAUACAACAACACAGUAAAUUGCAAUGAAGGCAAGUGUUGUUGUGAAGUUUGAAUUUCUAUCUCUUCACUAAAUGCAUAUAUUCUUGCCUUGUUCACUCCUUGAUGUGACACCUUUAAUCCAACCCUUGAGGUUGUUCUUCGACAAGGGAUAAUGUCAUUUUUAUUUGCAAGGGAACAUGGUCUGCAUCCUGAUAUUUUAAGCAUGUGAUUUCUAAUUCAAAUCCAGAUGCUACAUUACA